AUCAUUGUUCAAAUUUGUAUUUCAACCGAAAAUGUAAAAUAUUUGUUUCAUUUGUGUUUUCUUAUUUCUAAAUUAAUGUAAUUAUUUAAUGCUUAACAAUGCCACCUCCCAGCUCGUCCAAAGGAAAUCCAAUGAGCUUGGAUGCUGAUUCUUUGGCAGGAUCCAGCAAAAGUACACGACGGCAGCGUCAGAAAGAGAAACACCUCAAACGUUUGGAGAACACCCAGCAUACACUAUUCACCAAACAUUUCUCGAACUAUCGGCUACCGGUUUCUGUUGCCUCGGAAGAUUUUAAUAUGGUGCAGUUAAGUAGGUAUGACUCCAUUACAGAUCGAGAACGCCAUCCUCCGCUCUUUGUAAUUCCGGAUCAAAAUUCGCAAUGGGCGCGCUUAAAAAUGAUUUCAUGUCCAUGUCACGGGUGCUCCAGUACAUUAGAUCCGAAUGGUUGGUUGUCGCAUUACCUAAAUGUGCAUAUACGCCGAUUAGGUGUCCCCUUUGUGGAUGUGCCAUUUCCUGUUGAAAAGCAAACUUUGCGUGCCUCUUGCAAAGUAAGUUGUCUCGAUUACGAUGUCAAUACCCUGCUGGGUGUCUAUGGAUAUCAGCGUUUAGGUCUGAAUCCGCUCAAAUGUCAACGCAAUACUCUAUUGCCAAAGGAAUAUCGCAAGUACUCUCAGCAUGGGGUUCUACUGCUUUUUGCCUGUCGCACGCGACAUGGAUUACUUUGGCACCGUAAGCAAAUGGAUGAUGUGAUUGCCAUUUGGGUAGUGACACCGAUGCAAGGUGUGACUGUAUCGUUGCGCUGUGUGGUACAACCCGCAAGGUCGACACGUUACUAUUCCAAGCGUCUGCAAUCGCGUCUACUGCCGACUUCUGGCGUAAAGGCAACGCCUUGUCGUGACUUCAUUAAAACUGACUGCAACGUCGUCGUCAUUAGCUGUCAGGAUUUACUGCAGAUGCCACAAAGUGAGGAUCAGCAGGUACUCAAUGUGGAACUGCAUGUGAUGGGCGAGCAAAGGAAUUAAUAAAACAACAUUUUGGCAAUAGAUUAAUUAUAUAUUGUUUAACAAACUAAACAUGCAAACAUAAUGAUAACAUAGAUUUGAACUAAGGAAUUUAUGCAGCAAACACAAUUUUAGAGAUUACGCUCGAGAAAAGCUGCAAGCUGGUUCGAAAAGCGCAGCUAACAUCUUCAAUUGAGUAUAUAGUUGGUGAAUAAACAAUAUACUAGCAUUUGUUAUAGAUCUUACUUAAAUAUAUUUCGUACAAUUUUGUUGAGUUCGCACUCGUUACACUUAAAAAAAUAGUAAAAGAAUUUACAAAUUUUGAGCCUACAUACGUACAAUUUAGAUUUGAUAAGCUAUUACAUAUGGUAUUAUACAUGUAUACAUGAAGGUUGUAUACAACUCUCUGGGUGUGUAUGUAUGUGUGUUGUGGGGCAUGCAACGUUCGGCCCGCACCUAUCGCAAUUGCAAUUGCCUAACACAAAAA